AUGUCCACCGGCGUAUAUGUUCCCCAUUUGCAGGUCAUAGGAUUCGACUUCGACUCCAGGAAAAAUUUAUUCAUAAAAAAAAAAAUUAUCCAAAAGCACAUUACAGAUACGAAUCAAAUCAUUCAUGAGAACUUCGAGCUGAGAAAGAGCAUCCGGAAACUAAAGCACGAUAUUUGCAGAAACAAAAUAAAAAAAGACUACCUGCACUUCUCACUCAUGGACAUAGAAGAAGGGGUCGACGACGUCAAGUACCUAAAACAGAAUUGCGAAUUUCUCUUUAGUGACAUAAAUAAUGUGAUCAGCUCACUGGAGGCGAAGAAAAAAAACAGGAAACUCAUUUUUCAAAUUUCGGAACAGAAGCUGCGCGAGCAGAUUAGUAACGUGGACGCGAAAAUUUCAGCGAUGAAAUCUGAGAACGUCGUGUUGGAGGCCAACAUGCAGAGCCUGCUAAAGGAGAUUAGCCAAAUGGACAAGGCGGCGCAGGGCGAUCAGGAGGAAGACGCGACCCACCUACUCGACACGAAGGGAAACUUGGGCGACGACGACGUUGCGCGGGUUAGCAUGUUCUUCAAAUGUUCUGAUGCAGUUGUGGCUGGAGAGAUCGGCGAAGAAAAUGAAACAGACGACGCACCACAUGUAGAGGGAGGGAGCAAUCAACAAAAUGAAACCGACAAUGUGGUGGAACAAAGCCGCGACCACGCACAUAAACAGGCCGCGGAUCAGGACGCCGCUCCUGAAAAAAAAAAACAAAAAAAACUGCGCACCAAGGACAUCCACGAAAGGAGUGCCAUGCUACGGAAAAAAUAUAAGUGA